AUGAAUCAAGAUUUGCAAAAAGCAUUCGGAGCACCUUUUUCUACCCGUGUUGCAGCAGCAGCUGAUAGUGAUGAAUUUAGGCAUUAUCAAUAUACUAUAGGAAAUCCUGUUUUAAAACGUGCAUUGGAUCAAUUGCAAACUGAAAAGCACCAAAUGUAUUAUUCAAAUCCUGAUUCGAAAGCAAAUGACAAAUACCUCGAGCUAGCAAUUAUGGAUUUAAAGCUGUCAUCAAACAAAGUUGUUCAAUACGGGAUUGAAAUGAAUCUUAAAAAGCAAUUGGCAGCAGAAAAAGCACGACUUAAAGCCGAUAAUGAAAUUAUGCAAACUAAAAUUAAACAAUUGAAAGCUUCUCUGGAAAAAGAAUCAAAAACUUAA